AGAAAUUUCCCCCUCAACCCAAAAAACGAGGAGAAUUGUCCGAAACUCCAAUCCUUCUACUAUUGUGAGAUAUUUGGUUGGUGGGCCUUGGAUCGAUCUUAGCGUACGCCAAGACCACUUUGUUUGAUAGUAUAUACCAAAAGCAGCUACAACAAGUAACAAAACAUCAUCAAAAUUCAUAGAUAUCAUAAAAGUUUGGAAUUUCCAGAAACAAAGGAAAAGAGGAGAGAGAUUGCGAUUGAAAUGGGUUCGAAUCAAGAGACGAGCAAUUUACUACCAGUGACGGAUCCUCCGAAAGUCGACGACAAAUUCUUCAGAGGUUCCGCCAUGACUAAACGUGGAGCUUAUGCUGCCAUCUCUUAUAUGUCUUGUGCUGUGCUCUUGAUUAUAUUCAAUAAGGCUGCGCUCUCUUCGUAUAGUUUCCCAAGUGCAAAUGUUAUUACACUUUUUCAGAUGGUAUCUUCAUCUUCUUUUCUCUAUGUGAUGAGACGCUUGAAGUUUAUCUCUUUCACAGUUGCUGAAGCAUCAAGUGCUCUUGAUAAUUCCGUAACUCUUGUACCUUUGAAAACAUUGAUGCACACUCUACCUAUUGCAUUCACCUAUUUGAUGUACAUGAUAGUCACCAUGGAGUCUGUGCGUGGAGUAAAUGUUCCUAUGUAUACUACCCUGAGGAGGACGACUGUGGUCUUUACAAUGGUUGUGGAGUAUAUUCUAGCCAAGCAGAAGUAUACAUCCUCUAUUUUUGGAAGUGUAGGAUUGAUCGUUCUUGGCGCAUUCAUUGCUGGUGCUCGAGACCUGUCAUUUGAUGCUUACGGUUAUGGGGUUGUGUUCCUCGCCAACAUUACUACAGCAAUAUACCUUGCAACUAUUGCUCGAAUUGGAAAAUCCAGUGGCCUUAACAGUUUUGGACUUAUGUGGUGUAAUGGCAUAAUCUGUGGACCAAUAUUGCUAUUGUGGACUUAUGUCAAAGGAGACUUGGAGAUCACCUUCAACUUCCCAGACUUGCUUUCACCUGGUUUUAUGGUUGUUUUGUUCUUUUCUUGUGUGCUGGCAUUCUUCCUCAACUACAGUAUAUUUCUCAACACCACACUAAAUUCAGCACUAACACAGACCAUUUGUGGUAACCUGAAGGACUUUUUCACUAUUGGACUGGGCUGGAUAAUAUUUGGUGGCCUACCCUUUGAUUUGCUGAAUGUUAUUGGACAGCUUCUUGGUUUUGUGGGCUCUGGUUUAUAUGCCUACUAUAAGAUGGUGGGCAAGUAGCCUUGUAGUACCAUUGCUUAACAUAUUGGAUGGCUAUUGUGUUAUUGCUGCUGGCUAGGGUUGCUGUCACUCGACACAUUGAUACAGUUACUGCUGAUUUAGUAGGAAAUACAUUUGAUAACUUGAAGAAGCCCAAAAGGCUUUCCAAGUAUCGCUGACAGGCAGUUAGAAGCGAGCAGCUAGGGUUCGUCAAUGAGAGUGAUAUAUUCGGUUGGAGCUAUGCUUAUCUUCCCUGGGUAUGACGAAUUAUCAAGAGUAUAUCAGUAGGGAAGAAAAAGUUCAAGCCUCUAAUCUGCGGUUAUAUUAAUUUUUAACCACCUAGGCGAGUGUUCCUAGUUUUUGUCUCUUCAUUGGGCAACUUUCUGGUAAAUAUUGUACUAAUUCUUUUGCCCAUGUAUUUGUUGUAAUCUUGUGAGAAAGCAGCUAAUAAAGUUUUGGUUUAAAAUUUUCCUA